UCUCCACCUUCUCUAUUUCCUGUCAUCUGUUUCCCUCUCUUUCUUUCUGUGUCUGUCUGUCUCUCUCUUUCCCUCUCUCUCUUUCUCUGUGUGUGUCUGCUUAAGCAGGUUCUACUUUCAAGGCAAGAUGAUGAAGCUCUCGCAGUUCGUGUGCAGGAAUGCUGUGUCUGAGAAACUAUUUUCAGGGAGGGCUUGUAAUGUCAAAGAUUGCACUUGGCUGCAGAAUCUUCCUUUUCGGGGCAUUGUAACUUCGAGUCAGGAAUUAGGGGAAAAAUCGGGCAAGAUCUUUGCUGAUUAUACUGUUUUCAAGGGCAAGGCUGCCUUCUCUAUACGUCCUUCACUUCCAACAUUUAGGAAACUGGAUACAGGAGGUUCCAAGAUUGAUCGGAUGGGUUCGAUGAUGUUGACUUUCUGGCCUGCUAUUGGUCAACGCAAAUAUGAUUGGGAAAAGAAGCAGGUAUUUGCUUUGUCACCGACUGAGGUUGGAUCUGUGAUAAGCCUGGGCCUUAAUGAUUCCUGUGAAUUUUUCCAUGAUCCUUCUAUGAAAACAAGUCUUGCUGGUCAAGUGAGGAAGAGCCUAUCAGUUACACCAAUAGCAGAUGGUGGUGGCUAUUUCUUUAGUUUGAGUGUUGUCAAUAACAACCUGAAAACUAAUGACCGUCUUUCUGUUCCUAUUACAAGUGCCGAGUUUGCAGUGAUUCGCACAACUUGCAGUCAGUUCAUCUUGCCUCAUCUGAUGGGCUGGAAUCAGUACUCCAGAGAGCUGACAAGCAGUCAAAAAUUAUCUGGAUACAACAAUCAACUGAAAAACAGUCAACCAUCCGGUUACACCAGUCAGCUAACGAGAAGGCCAGAGGAGCACAUACGGACAGUGGUGCCUCUAAACCUUGAUUCAGAAUGGGAUAAAUGAGCUACAUAGCUAUGCAAGGUUCGCACUGGACUUCUUCCUGGCUGUGAGUCUGCAGUGUGAACAUUUAUGGCCGCUGUACAGGCUCCAGAAGUUCCUUGUUUUGGCCUCUUUUUAAAGAAAAAAUAUUAGUUGGACAGUGGUAGUUCCAAUACGCUUGGUUUUUAACCUCUUGGAAAUGUUUGGAUUCUGGAAGCUGCUUCCAUCUGGUCUAAUGCAAUGUUUCAGUAUUUCAUGUGCAGCACUUCUGUCCAUAUGGAUUAUUGAACUAGAACCAAUAGUAUUUAUCUUGUUUUUGUCCAUGUUCUCUCAUUUUGUUACAAAUUAGGUGGAGAAAAACAAAAAUGCUAUUUUUGCUGAUGGGUCAGUUCCUAUGAAUUUUGAUAUUGACAA